AUGGACGGGGGUACGAUCACUCAUAUUUUGUAUCCUCGACAGUCCCAAGGAGCCAACCGAAAUCAAGGCUCGAACUCGCUGUCGGGCAUCAUCUCCACUCUCGUCCCUACCUUGGUCAUUGCGAUCGUCGCUUUUACCGCCUUUCUCAUCGUCCGUACUCGCUAUGGCCGCGUCUAUCGACCAAGAACCGACGACAGACUAUUGGAGAAGGGAUGGACCACGCCUCGCUCCGAGUCGGGCUUCUUCGGCCUCCUGCGCAACUACACGGCCCUGCCCGAUGCCUACGUCUUGGGUCACAAUUCUCUCGAUGGCUAUCUCUGGCUGCGCCUCCUCAAGGUCUUCAUCGUCAUGAGUCUGGUCGGUUGCUGCAUCACUUGGCCCGUGCUGUUUCCUGUCAACGCGACCGGACAUGGCGGCCAACAACAACUCGAUAUUCUGAGCAUGAGCAACGUGACCAAUCCCAACCGAUACUACGCCCAUGCCGGCAUUGCGUGGAUAUAUCUGGGAUUCAUCACCCUUCUCAUUGCCCGGGAGAGGCUCAACUUUGUUGGUCUGCGCCGAGCCUACUUUCUCUCUGCCGCGCAUGCCCAACGUCUGUCUUCGAGGACCAUUCUGGUCAUGGGUCUGCCCCACGACUACAUGGAGGAGAAGUCUCUCCGCCAGAUGUUUGGCUCCAGCGUGCGUAGAAUAUGGCUUCAGACGGACUGUAAGAAGCUUGAAGACGACGUGAAGGAACGGCGGAAGACAGCUUUGAAACUGGAGGGUGCCGAGAUGAAGCUGAUCAAACAGGCCAACGCCAGCCGCCUGAAAAGUGAGAAGAAGAACAAGAGCGCAGAAUCUCCCGAAACUAUCGGCUUGGAACCCAAACGCUGGAUCAACCAGAAGAAGCGCCCGACACACAGAUUGAAGCCUCAACUCUGGAAGAAGGUGGAUACCAUCAACUGGUCGCGUGGGAAGCUCGAGGAAUUGAAUCGCCAUGUCCCCGAGCAGCAGAACGAACACCUCGACCUCAAACACAAGAAAGUUCCUGCCGCAUUCAUCGAGUUUGAAAACCAGACCGCAGCUCAUAACGCCUUCCAGUCGGUUGGACGGGAAUCCCGGACCAAAUUCUCCCCACGAUAUAUUGGCGUCCGGCCUGACGAAGUGGUCUGGAAGAACUUGGGUGUCAGCUACACGUCCCGAAAGUCCAAGAUGUUGAUCGCCACCAUCAUCAUCUGGGUCAUGGUCAUCUUCUGGGCCAUUCCCGUAGCUUUUGUGGGCUCUCUAUCCAACAUCAAUUAUCUCACGAACAAGGUGCACUUCCUCAGUUUCAUUAAUCACAUUCCCAAGGUCAUUCUGGGUGUCGUCACAGGUUUGUUGCCGGUGGUGCUUCUCGCGGUCUUGAUGGCGCUUGUCCCUAUUUUUUGCGGGCUGCUGGCCAAAUUUGCUGGUGAGCCGACUUUGUCGGCGAUUGAGCUCAAGGUUCAGUCUUGGUACUUUAUCUUCCAGGUGGUUCAAGUCUUUUUGAUCACCACCUUUACUUCUAGUGCCAGCGCAGUGACCACGCAGAUCAUCCAGAACCCAGGUUCCGCACCUUCCUUGCUCGCCAGAAACCUUCCCAAGGCAUCCAAUUUCUACAUCAGCUACUUUAUUCUCAUCGGCCUGUCGCAGGCAGCUCUGCAACUAUUGAACAUUGUGCCCUUGCUCAUGUACUCCAUUGUGGGCAAGCUGCUGGACAAGACGCCGCGAAAGCGAUACAACAGAUUCACCAAUAUAGCUGGGAUGGGCUGGGGCUCGACAUAUCCCAAAUUCACGCUGUUGGGCGUCAUUGCCGUGUCAUAUGCGUGCAUCGCACCUCUGAUCCUGGGAUUCGCCACCAUCGGAUUCUGCCUCCUCUAUCUGAUGUUCCGGUACAACUGGCUGUUCGUCCUGGGCAACAAGGUCGACAUGAAAGGCGAGGCAUAUUCCCGAGCUUUGAAGCAGCUCAUGACCGGAGUGUAUCUCGCCACCCUCUGUCUGAUUGGCCUUUUCGCCAUCGGCUGCAGCCAGAGUGCCAGCAGCGCCGGUCCAUUGGCCAUCAUGGUGGUAUUCUUGGUGGUUGUCAUCGUCUUCCAGGUUUUGUUCGACCGUGCGAUUGCUCCGAUGGAACAGCACAUGCCUUUGGAGCUGCUGAACAGUAACAAGUACAGCACGACGAUCAUGGAGCAGCUUAUCGAUGAGCAACACCUCAAGCAUGAAGACAUUGAAGCUGGCUCGUCGGCUCGGGGAGGAUCUGUGCCAACCGUGUCCGGCUUCUCCAAGGCGGAGACUGUUGGCGAUACUCCUGGGUCUCAUGCCCAGUCAAGAUCUCCACCGUUCAACUUCCUGAGUCGGCGCAUUGAACCGAUGGCUCUCAAAUUCUACGAAUCAAACAAGAAGAUUAUUCCAGACUCGGCCGAUUCGGAGACGUGGAUCCCGGGGUAUACGUCGGAGGAAUAUGAGCAGGCGUAUCUGAACCCUGCCAUCACAGAUCCGAAGCCCGUCAUCUGGCUCGCCAAGGAUAGAUCUGGCGUUAGCGGAUUGAUGGUGGCCGAGAACAGAGAGGCGGGAAUCCAGAGCACUGACGAGCGGGCUGAGUUGGAUGAGAAGAACAAACUCGUGUGGAGCGAGGAGAAUGUCAAAGAGAUGCCUCUGUGGCGGCGGUUGGUCAGGUACUGA